CCUACAUCAAGAAAAAUGCUAAACGGCAAACGCCACAACGGCACGGCCAAAGGCCGCCAGCAAACGCACCGCAGCCGCAGCACGUGACACGCCACUCGCACAGUCACACUCCCACGCGGACGCCGACCUCGCCACUCGGCAUCGGCAGUAUAGCAGAUCCCCAAACGCCGAACCAAACCACCCACCAAGCUCCACCACCGCCGGCCGGCUUCGCUCGCCAUGGCCGCCGCCACCUCCCUCUCCCACCUCCUCCUCGCGCCCAAACCCAGAACCCAUCCCAAACCCAGAACCCAUCCAAACCCCUCGCGUCUUCCCUCCCGCUCGGGCGCCAGCGCCACCCCGCUGCCCCGCCGCAGGCGCCUUGCCCCCGCGAUCUCCGCGGCGGCAUCCGACCUCCUCUCCCCCGCGCCCUCCCUCAAGUCCCGCCUCGCCGCCGGCGACACCCUCUAUGGCCUCUUCCUCCUCUCCUUCUCGCCCACCCUCGCCGAGCUCGCCGCCCUCGCCGGCUACGACUACGUCGUCGUCGACAUGGAGCACGGGCCCGGCGGGAUCCCCGAGGCCCUCGCCUGCCUACGCGCGCUCGACGCCGCGCGGACCCCCGCGGUGCUCCGCCUCCCGGAGGCCAGCGCUGUCUGGGCCAAGAAGGCGCUCGACCUCGGCCCCGCGGGCCUCAUGCUCCCGGCCGUCGAGUCCCCCGCCGCCGCCGUCGAGGCGGUCUCCCACUGCCGCUACCCGCCGCGCGGCGUCCGCGGCGCCGCGCACCCCAUCGUCCGCGCCUCCGCCUAUGGCCUUGACGAUUCCUACCUCUCCCGCUGCGAGGACGACACGCUCAUCAUGUGCCAGGUCGAGACCGCCGCCGGUAUCGCGGAGAUCGACGCCAUCGCCGCCGUAGACGGCGUGGACGUCGUGCAGAUGGGCCCGCUCGACCUGUCAGCCAGCAUGGGGUAUCUUUGGGACCCCGGGAACAGGAAGGUGCGGGCGACGCUAAGGGAGGCCGAGAAGAAGGUUCUGGAGGCCAGGAAGAAGAAGGUGGCGGCGGCUUUGGACGGGAAUGCUGCUUACUUGGGCGGGUUUGCGAUGCAGAAUGACCCACCGGAGCAGCUCAAGCUGAGGGGUUACCAUAUGGUGGCAGGCGCCGUGGACAUUGCGAUGUUCCGGAAGGCAGCAUUGGAUGAUGUCAAGCGGUUCCGGGAGGCAGUGAUGGAGAUCGGUGAGGAGGGUGAUGACGAGGAGGGGGAGAAAGAAGAGAAAGAAAAUGACGGGUACUGGAGUGAGUGAGCAGAGCAGAACAAAGCUGAGCUAAUCGUGGCAGGAAACUGGUUAUGGUGUUUCUGUCUGAUGAUAUUGUUUCCGUUCUGAAUUGUGAGGGUCUAAGCGAUCUUAAGGAGCCUUGGGAUCUCUGGAUUUUGCUGUACUCUUUGUUUAGUUAUGGAUUUGAUUUUCAGGUGAAAAGUCUGUUUGGGCAACUCGGAACUAGUGGCUACCAAUAAAGAGCUGAAUUCAGCAGAAAUGCUGUUUCCUU